AUGAAGGUUCUGUUAUUUGCUAUUGGAGUCUUGUGCAGAAGGAUAAAGCUGGAGCCUAAGGAGCAGUUUACCUUCAGAGACAAGGUUGUAGCAAACCAGAUGUAUAAGUUCAUGUACCAGACACCAAGAAGCAGCAAGAUUGAGCUAACUAUGUUUGAUACUAGGGGAAAACAAAUGACUAAGACAAGAGACCCAUACUCUGUGCUAUACACCAAGAUUGCUGAGGAUGGAGAGAUUGUGAUAUCUGUCAAGAACAAUAGCUCGAAAAGCGUGAAGUUUGGAUAUAGAUGUCCAGAUACAAAUAAAAAGGCUCAGGGAGGCCUUGGGCCAAUAAGCGUUGAUUUGGUUUCCGAGCUUCAGAAUGUUCUCGAAACAGUCGUCCAGGCGCAAAGGGUUCACAUCAAGAAGCAUGAGGAGCAUGCAAGAAUGGUUGCAGGGUCGAGAAAGUGGGUCACAAGACUCUUGAUCUUCGAGACUUUGUUCUUUACAGGCGUACUGUACUUCUUGCACAAGGAUAUGCUUAAAAUGUUUGAAACCAAGAGAGAGGUUUAA